AUGGGAUCACGACGAUUCACACUAGCAAUUGCUUCGUCACAGCUAUGUGAUAUUGUAGAUCGCAUCGACCGUGCCCUAUCACCGAAACGCAUGCCCUACUGGAAUGCUCGAUGGGACUUGCGACUGUCCAGACCAGCCGAUUCUGUCAUAUUCACGGAGGACUUCUUCUCAAACACAAGAGUUCGCCGAGAUGUAAAAAGGAAGAAGAUGAGAGAGAGUUUUCCUCGUGGACUGACAACACAUUUUCGGCGUCUGAAUAUCAAUGCAUCGUUGACGUCAGCGAUUCGUGCGAAUCGUGCAGCUCAACUACUUAUCAUACUGUACCAUUUGGGACAGUGGCACACCGACGACGGUAGACGGCUGCCAAGCUUGUAUGACCUCGUCAAUGGCAUUCUGCAAUCUUAA